CUCUGGGGUGGACCGCUACACGCGCACGAGACGCGGCAGAGCAGCGGCAGAGAAAGAUUCCUCUAUGUGUACUGUACACCAUAAUAAUUAUUAGUAUUAAAAUUGUCGUUUGGCGGGUUCGUUGUUAAUAACCGUUUAGCGGGAGAGUAGAGGAUAACUGUGCCGCUGUAACUAGAGUCGCUAUGGCCGCUCUAUCAGGAAGUGAGAUGUGCGUCAAAUACCUGAUGUUCGCUUUUAACCUGAUUUUCUGGCUUGCAGGUACAGGAGUGCUGGCUAUAGGGUUGUGGUUGAGGUUUGACCCAAAGACCAGAGGGCUGUUUGAAGGAGCAGAAUCUCCCCAUAUCUUCUUCACAGGUGUAUAUAUCCUCAUAAUUGCAGGGUCAUUAAUGAUGGUUGUUGGGUUCCUGGGAUGCUGUGGAGCGAUUCAGGAGUCACCGUGUAUGCUGGGGCUGUUCUUCUUCUUCCUCCUCAUCAUAUUCGCCAUCGAGGUCGCUGCUGGAAUCUGGGGGUUCUCCAACCAAAGCAAGGUGGUUGAUGACAUCACUCAGUUCUACUUGGAGACAUAUCAGAACUACCAGAACACUUCACAGGACACACUGAGAGAGACACUCCGUCUCAUACAGACUGGGUUGGACUGCUGCGGACCAACAGGUUCCUUUGGGGACUUUGCCAAAGACACCUGUCCCCCAAGAGAUGGGCUGGACAGCCUCAUCACCAAGAGCUGUCCUGAUGCUAUAGAUGAAGUAUUUGACUCCAAGCUGCACAUCAUAGGAGGAGUGGGCAUCGCUAUUGGAGUCAUCAUGGUGUUUGGGAUGAUCUUCAGCAUGCUGCUCUGCUGUGCCAUUAGGAAGUCACGGGAGAUCGUCUGAUGAUGUUAUCAUUACCAUGACGAUGCCUUUUAAUGUUGCAUGAUGUCAUUCCUAGUCACAUGACUUUUGUUUACUUGUUGAGAAAGGUUGGCCUGAGAGCUAGCAGCUGCCAACCCACUGCCAACGAGUACUUUAGAUCCCCUAACCUCUGUAACAAGGAUCUGCUACACCUGGUGAUCCAGGGGAUUAGCCUGAGGACGGUGCUGCGCAGAAUCAUCCUGUAUCCUAAAAAUCUACUCAUGAAGUGAUCUAGGUUAGCAAAUAUGUGCAGUGCCUUUCUCAGGCUGAUCCUCUCUAACAUGGAAUCUGUCCAGUGCUAAGGUCGAACCUCCUAAACCAUCAUGGUGAUGUCACUGUUCACUGAUUGGCCCUGUGAGAAACUGGUUCAGGAAGUGAAAUAAACAUAACACAUUUGUGAUUUAUGAUGAAUUAAGAGAUCUAUGAAUAGUAGUCUAGAGGUGUCAUAAACAAAUGUUUUUGUAAUAUGAACAGACUUUCAAUUACUACAACUGCUCAAUGAUUUAAAUUAAACUAUUGAUGAAAUAAUGGCAUGACAAUGUAAGCAACAUAUAUUCUACUAAUGAUUGUAAUAAUAUUGUAUUGUGAUCACAUUUCUACCAAAAUAACAUCUGAAGGACCAGGGGCGGUCCUAAGACAACUCCCUAUAGCAAAGCCACUCAAUCUAUACCAUUCCUUAGCAAGAGCCAAUUAAAUCAGCACAUUGUGACAAGUUCCCAAUGAUAUUGCAGGCUGUGGUCUGUGGUGAACGUGGUUCUAAGUGUUAUAGAGGAGCAGCUUGGUCGCUCCAGUACAAGAACCCCUCUUUCUCUUGAUCUCUCUCUCUCUCCCUCUCACACUCUCUCUCCGUACUCUCUUUCUCUACCCAAUUUGAAAACGCCUUGAAGUCUCUGACUCUUUUUAUAAAGUUGAUUUUUAUUUGUGACCAAGUUUUUGGUGAGUUGUAGUCAGUUUUACAGUCUAUUUUGAUCUCUGUUAGAUUACAGUGAAUUUAUAACAUCCAUGCCAUUUCACACUGGUCUGGUUGGUUGGUGCACCAAAACAAAUGAGCCAAAUAAACUGUAACCUCUGAUCCUAA